UUGAGGGUGGGCUUCCUUCUACAUAACUAGUGCCCUGCCACGCGAAAUGUACCGCAUAACGAUUGUCCUAGCCGCCUUUUCCGUUGCGGCGGUAAAAGGACACAGUAAUUGUGUGGGGUGCGACACCAAAAUUUGCGGCGAAAACGAAGUUCCCGUGCGAGGCCACGCUCGGCGGGACAGGUUCUGCCGGCCUGCCAUCACGCCCCACGAGCUGUUCUCGCAGCUCCGCAUGUGCAUCUGCAAGCCCCACUACGUCCGCAACUCGUGGAACGAGUGCAUUCCCAGGAAGCAUUGCAGGCGCUGCAGGAGCCGCCUUCAAAAGGACUGGCACCUGUGCUCUUCGGCGUGCCCCGUGACCUCGAAUUUGAUAGUACCUUUCUGCCGCAACAUGUGCGUUCCCGGAUGCGACUGCCCUCCGGAUUGGGUUGUGGACUCCAGGAACUGGAAGAGGUGUGUCAAGGCAGCAAAAUAUCCUCCGGUAUGCCCACCACACUCUCGGUACGAGUCGUGCGUGUCUACCUGUGCCCCCAGCUGCGGAUUUAGGCAGCCCACAACAUGCGUUACGAUCUGCCACAGAGGCGCUUGCGUCUGCGACAAGGGCUUUGCCGAAAUCUGGACAGACAACGGGAAGAUAUGCGUUCCCCUAGAAAAAUGCGAUUGGUACAUCCGGAAUUUAUUGACGCGCAACGGGACCAUCAUAAAUGGAGUUAGGGGAGGUGUGCUGGGAGGUGUAGGUCAAUCAGGCGGCUUGGUAAUGGGCCCAGGGGGCGCGCUGGUACCUGGUGCGAUGGGGCUUCUUCCGUUCGGCGCAGGAAUGCUCGCAGGAGGCGCUUCCUUAUUGGGUACUGGUGGAACCGGUGGCACUAGCGUCAGCGUGCGAGGGGGAGGUACAUCAGUUACACACACCGGAGGAUCUGGCGUGAGUGGGGCUGGAAGUAGUACGGGGAUUGUAAACAGUCACGGUGUGGGAGGGAGCAUUCCUAUAGGAAUAUCAUCCGCAGCGGGCGUAUCCUCAUCGGGUACCACUGGAAAUGGCAUGGGUGGGGUCCGCGUAGGUUCAGUGGGAGGAUCCAUAGGUAGUAAUGGAGGAGUUGGUGGUUUAGGUGCUGGUCUAGGCGGCGGAGGUACGCCAAUUUCUAUUUCUACAGGAACUCGUGGGGGACAUUUCGGAUUCAAUACAGGGGGUGUGCGUGUACCUGGUAUCGCUGUGAGUCUCCCCACUAGUGCAGUAACAACUGCCUCGGGUAUGUCAACAUCGCAUGUCGCGGGAACUACUGGGCCCAUCGUUGCGGUUAACCCGGCAGGUGCAUCCUUAGGUGGUGCUGCGGGAGUUACAGGAGUCGGUAACGGCGUGCAUAGCCCAAGCUUUUCCCUUACCACGGGAUCACACACGGGUAGCUUAGGAAGCACUGCAACCAGUAUACACGCCCCCGGUGGCGGAGUGAGUUUCCCAGCCGGUGCAGGAUCACCUACAGUCGGUUCAACGUCACCCAUUGCCACAGGAGCUGGUGGGCUGUCGACCAUACCGGACCAACUGCCGUCACUGGUACCGGCCUACACGGAGCAGCUGUGA